CAAUGCCCCUCUCCCUCUUCCAAGAAAGUGAGCUGCAGUUUUUAUGCAAGAACCUCAAUGGCUCUCUCUGUACAUUGGUUGUCAUCAAUUCCCACUCUUUCCUUGAAAUCCACCACACCCUCUCCCCUUUAGUAUAAAACCUUCAUGCCCCUUUUCCUCAUCAUCAACAUUGCUCAUCCAAAUUGUGAUAAAAUCUUGAUUCUUGAUUCAAAAUGGCUGGAGGGAGAAAGGGGAAUGAUCAGUUUGCAGACAUGCUGCCAUUGAUGGCUGAGAGGUUGGGAGGUGAGGGGCUGAUUGGGGAGCUCUGCAAAGGGUUUGGUCUGCUGAUGGAUAGGGAAAAAGGGGUGAUCACAUUUGAGAGUUUGAAGAAGAACUCAGCUCUCUUGGGGCUGCAGGAUCUCGGGGACGAAGAGCUCGAGGGCAUGUUGAGGGAAGGCGAUCUCGACCGGGAUGGCGCCCUCGAUCAGAUGGAGUUUUGUGUGCUCAUGUUCAGGUUAAGCCCUCAGCUCAUGGACCAGUCUGAGGCCUUGCUGGAGUAUGCCUUGCAGCAGGAGUUUGGAUGGAAGUGAUUAUUCUUUUUCUGUUUUUUUGGGGGAUUCGUUGAGUUAGGUAGGCUUUAGGGGGCUCGGGUUUCAUCUUCGUUGUUGUUGAUUAUGCAGAGACAACGAGAUGUAUAGCGAUUUGUAAUAGAGGAUCUCGUGGGCCGAACAUUGGAUGGUAUCUCGAAUAAUAUGUGCAUAUAGAUCAAGGAAAAAUGUCAAUUAAUCCUCGUUAAAAAGUGUCA